ACCGAGCGUAGGUGUUGUUGACUUCAGAAGUAGCCAGACAGGUGAGUCUCCGCUGUGCUAGUGUUACCUGUAGAGCAAGGACGUCAACACAGGGGAGGUUGUGGUGAAAUAUUCAGUUUGCCUUUGUCUCCCUGAGUCUGCUGACCAGUAUAACGGCUUGCUGUCGACCAGCCUCGAAUACACCCGACCUUGUAACAAGCCACAAGUAAUUUGCAAUAGAUCUACAUAGUUACUCAUUACACGAUAGAAUGGCGGGCACUGAACUUGGCAUGCCAAUGGACACAGCGAACUAUCAACACCCUACACAACCUAGCUUUCAGUUCAACACAGACCCAUGUAAUCAACACACAUAUUCCAGCGGUCAAAUCAACACAGACCCAUGUAAUCAACACACAUAUUCUAGCGGUCAAUUCAACACAGACCCAAGUAAUCAACACACAUAUCCCAGCGGUCAAUUCAACCCAGACCCAAGUAAUCAACACACAUAUUCCAGCGGUCAAUUCAACCCAGACCCAAGUAAUCAACACACAUAUUCCAGCGGUCAAAUCAACACAGACCCAUGUAAUCAACACACAUAUUCUAGCGGUCAAUUCAACCCAGACCCAAGUAAUCAACACACAUAUUCCAGCGGUCAAAUCAACACAGACCCAAGUAAUCAACACACAUAUUCUAGCGGUCAAUUCAACCCAGACCCAAGUAAUCAACACACAUAUUCCAGCGGUCAAUUCAACCCAGACCCAAGUAAUCAACACACAUAUCCCAGUAUUCAGUUCAACAUGGACCCAGGUUAUCAACACGCAUACCCCAACACAAUGGAUCAGAUCGGCGUAAUGCCUGAGGAUGGCGCUAAAUCUGGUUACCAUGGUAACUACAACCAUGGAUACCAGGCCGGUUACGACGUGUGGUCUGUGAACACUGGCCAGCCCGAUUUGCAGCUGGUACAACCCGGUUUUGAUGGGCAACCCCCAGCAGGGGCAGCGGUAUAUCAGGAUAAGAGGGAGACUGUGCCUAUCCCUAAUUACGUCCCUUGCAGUAUUUUUACAAUUGUAUGUUGCUGUUUUCUGCUGGGCGCUGCGGGUCUGUACUAUGCUGUGACGGCCAAGCGAGAGAACCAGGAGCGGAAGUUCUUAAGAGCCAGAAAAAGUGCCACCAGAUCCUGUAUGCUGAACUUCGCCGCCAUCUUAAUAGGGCUGGCUUGUUAUGGCGUCAUCAUUUAUGUAGUGUACACACACUUUAUGAAAGCUAGCAGAUUCAAUUUGUGAUCUUUGUUCAUUGGUCUGUCAUCAUUUAUGUAGUGUACACACACUUUAUGAAAGCUAGCGGAUUCAAGUUGUGAUCUUUAUUCCUUGUCAACUCUUAUUUAUCACCUCUAAAGUGCCACUUAGGGGCUUUAAAAAAUAAAUAAAUCUGAAUACGUUUUUUAAUCGAAUUGUCCAACAUACAUAUUAUUAAACGAUGGACAAAUAUUGAUGUGAUAAAAUCUAACUUUAACAUGUUUUUGAUUUUGAGGUUGACCAUAAAUGAGCUUCGUACAUAGUAUUGAUAAAAACUGAGAUACUGAAGGAGACACCCAAUAGCGCAGUGGAUAAUGGAUUAAUAGCAAACAAUGCCUCCUUCGAUGUAUCAGUAAAAUAUUUUUUUCUCUUUGAUACAUACAGGCCUAUAUAUAUAUAUAUAUAUAUAUAUAUAUAUAUAUAUAUAUAUAUAUAUAUAUAUAUAUAUAAAACUAGCAAACAAUGCCUACUUCUUUAUUUCAAUACUAAUAAAAAACAAAGGACUACUUUGUUCUAUCUAUAUUAUAAACAGUCUUCAAUACACACUAGGUAAAAAUUAAAUUUACUUUAAACAUAUUAC